AUAGGUCGACGUGUACGGAUACCGAGUAUGUGCAAUUCUUAAAAGUGCGCCAAGCAGUGGGCGAUUCUACACUUUCCCCAAAUUUUGAGAACAACCAUUUAAAAUGCUUUCUAAACUAUUAAAGAUACAGGUUGAGUAUAGGAUCCCAUUAGCGCUUUUCGGCUUGGCUCACUUUUUGGAGGGUUGUUUUUCUGGUAACCCAGCAAAUUGUAGAAUACUCCAUUUCGGAAACCUUGUCGCAUUCCCGCAUUUUUUAAACUGAAAGUGCCAUGCCAUUUUCUUCACUGGAGCAGAAGAAGUUCAUUGCGUGAACUGGUUCUACUGUUUUUUUUUUUUUUUUCUAUUUCAUUUUAUUCCAAUUUCCUUAUAUUUUGAGAUUAAGAUGUCAUCUGUUUUAAGCAUUGUUGAAAAGUUUGAGGAAGUAUUAAUGGAGAAUUUAAAAUUUCAUUUUCAAAUGGAAGGAUGACCUUAGAAAAGUUUGGUGUAGCCAAUAGAUUGUUCGUUGUUCAUUUAUGUCAAAAUCAGCAAUUAUUCUUAGACCUUUUUAAAGAAGGCAUGCAUGACAAAGGGGGAAUUUAUAUGUCAGAAAUGAAAUUUAAGGUUAAAAAGUCAGUCAGAUUGUUUUAUGUGGGUGUGUAGGAAAGUUACGGCAGGGAAGGCAUGUGGAUCUCGGAAGUCAAUUAGAUAUGGGUCCUUGUUUUAUAACAGUAAAUUGAGGAUGGAUGAAAUAAUUUUCUUAACAUACGAAAUGCUCAGAGGGACUAAAACUGGAGCUAUUCAAGAGGAGUACUUUUUGGCUUCUAAUUCAUUAGCAGACUGGAGCAUUUGAAAGUAAAUCAUAGUUUGCAUAUUGUUGACUCGGAAACGGGAUACCAUACAAACACAAUAGAAAGUUCAUGGAGGCAUGUGAAAAGCUCCUUGCCAAUACAUAAUCAGUAUGCAAACAGAUUAAAAAUUUUAUUUGGCUUUUUAUAUUUUCACUAAAUCUUGCAGGUAGCAAAAUAUUGAUAUAUUCAACAAAUUUCUAGAAAAUGUAAGGGACAUAAACUGGGCAGAGUAUAGGAUUUCUUUGUAAAUUUACCAUGAUUUUGUAAACUUUACUAAAUUCCCAGCAUUUCUUUUUUUUUUUUUUAAAUUUAAACAUGUAUUCUGAACUCCUGUUUUCAUUUUUACAACUUAAAACUUGCAUUUUCAAUAUUACUGCUCCAUGUACUUGUGUAUUUUCAAACUUUUCUUUAUUUUUAAUUUAAACAUUAAAUUUUAACUGCUUUUCCAUGGCUUGGCGUCAUUGUUUGGUUGCCAAGCCAAAAAAUCGCCAAUGGGGUCCUAUACUCUAGCUGUUUCCUAUUAAAAUUAUAAAACUCUUUAAUCAUUUUUAAAUUCCAAACUUGAAGUAGAGAAAAAUAUAUUUUAGGGUAUCCCUUGACGAUAUUUUGGAGCCAUUCCUGUUUACGUGCAAUGCCCUCCCAAGUAAAAUUGCGUCCAAACAUGUGCAAUAAAACAUAAAAAACUAUAACCUCAAUAAACUGUCUUUAAAAUCAAGAUAAAGCAAGGAAAUAACAUAAAAAUGGAAAUACAUGUCAUCUAAUCUGAAUUGGAGUAGACUUUAAGGUACCCCUUGUAUUUUGGCGAAGUUGUUUCAUUUAUUGCCAAGUUAUUGUUUCAUUUAUGGUAGCCUGAGUAGUUGAAUGUUAUGGAAACCUUAUUGUGACAUAAUUGGGUGCUUGAUUCUGGGAAAUUUUGAAUCGGGAGAUGUUUUGUAAGUGCUUUUGUGGUGCAUGUUGGUUUUAUUGUUUAGACGGUCGAAUGGCUGAAUGUAGUAAGAUUAAUUUGAAGUUUUUGUACGAUUUGGAACGAAAGGGGCGUUAAUUGACUGGUGUGUAAAUGAAGGUUUACUUAGUAGCCAUUAUAAGUGUUCUGUAUGUAGGAAGGAUAUGUGUCUAGUCGAACGUAAAAACCGUUUAGAUGGAUUUCAAUGGGUUUGUAGAAAGAAAGGUUCAGAUGUGUUGAUGCCGAUAUACGGAUUGAAGUUCAGAUAACUUUAGGAAGUUUUUGGAUGCUGUUAAGGAAUCUUGUGUGCCACAGACUAAGAGACGAAGGAAUUUCUAAAUUGGUUGAAGAUGUACCUAUUGCACCAGCAGAUGAAUGCAAGACCAAUGAAGAUCUUUUGGUCUUUUAUCGAUCAAACAUAAUCAUAUCCAUAACUGGUCUUGCUGUCAAACCAUCUGAUGAUGUAGUUCAGACUGCUUCUCAUGUUGUAUUUUCAGUAAGUUAUGAAACUGGAGAUGAUGUUGAGUUUACUAUUGACUAUGGGGAUGGCAGCUUUGGAACCUUUGAUGAUGUUCAUGAGAUCCUGGUACAUAGGUAUUAUGUGCCUGGAAAAUACUGGGUACAAGUAUCUGCAAAGCCUAGAGGUGCUCUAGAAUCCUACAGAGUACUGGCUAGUACUGAAGUAACAGUAGCUGACAGCAUUGAAGAUGAAAGUGUCGUAUUCAGCUGUCCAGCUGUGGUGAAACCAACAGUCAUUGUUACAUGUAACUUGACAAUGGUCACAGGAGGUUUUGUCACUAUGGAUAUUGAUUUUGGAGAUGGCUCAGACAAAGUAAUUAUGGGAUUACCAGACACUAAUAUUCAAGCUAUUGGUCCCCAUAUACCACAACAUUUAACACCUGACAUGGCACCUAAAGAGUCUGGCUACAUGCUUGCAAUUCCACAGUAUGAACCUGUGAAUACAAGAGGUCGUCUUUCUGCUGUACAGUUAUGGGCAUUAGAAUCUGGGGCGAUGGCUGUCAUGGUUCUAAGAAAGAAAUGCCCAGAAGAUGCAGUCUGUCCUGCCAUACGAGAUGUACGUACUUGCAGCAAAGAAGAGUCCUUUUGUGCUCAAUUAAUGACAUGUACAAGUAACAAAAUUAUCAAAUGUCCUCAUCACAAUUUAGCAAAAGUGUUAGAAUUUGAAAUUGCACAUGUUAUACAAAUUACUGUUGAAGCCGGACAUCAGUAUGUUAAGCUAACAGAUAGGCCUGAAGUUUUACCUGGAGACAUAAUCGCAUUUAUAUCUGCUAUGGCUAAAGUUGCAUACAGGAAAUCGAACCUUAAAGAACCAUCUGACUUAGGUGCCAUUACUUUUGAUAUGCAAGAAACUGUGAUACCACAAGAUAUUCUGUCAGAUACACAGAAAGUACAUUACUUUCAAGCUAUAAUCAAUAAUCCAAUAGAACUUGGUGUUCAGUACUUAUUUAAUAAAAAGAUCGGAAUGCAUGAUGUUGUUAUGAAGUUAGCAAAUAAGUUUUCUACUGCUCCUGUUAUGCGAAAGCAAGAAGUUGAUUCUCAGAGACCUCUAGCUGGCUUGAAACUGAGUGUGAAUCCUCCAGAUGUAUCUACUAUUGAACAAGUAACUAUUGAAAUAAAAAUUAGUGGUGGAACAUUUGUGGAUGUUUUGUGGGAGUUUGGAGAUGGUAGAACAAAGAAAGAAUUUCUAAGAGAGGUGAAAAAAGGUGGGAAAUAUGAAAAGACUUAUAAAUACCCUCAACCUGGAGUGUAUGUGAUUCGAGUUCGAGCAUCAAAUCCACACGCAAAUUUCUCUCAAGUUCAUGUCCUUAGAGCUCAAAGACCUGUUCUUCCAAUUUAUGGGGUUACAACUAAUACACCUCAGAUACUUCCAAGUGCUAUUGUUUUUGAGCUGACAUAUCCAGCUUCAGAACUUUUACCUACCAAUGCAACUGCUGUAUUUGCAUUUGGUGAUAAGAAAUCUUGGAAGUGGAAUAUUCCAAAAGAAGGAGAAGGAAUACAUGAAACAUUUGAACAUAAAUACCGAAAACCAGGUGUUUACCUUGUCAGCAUUCGUAUAUCAAAUAUUGUUUCUUCCUAUACUUUAUUAACUGAGGUUGAAACAGCUGUCCGAAUUAGAGAUCUUGCAGUAAAUGUGCUGUAUAGUCCAUUGCUUGGAAGUCACGAUCAAAUUGCUGGUUAUGGCCCUGAGAAAAACAAGUUUCCAGUUGAACGCAAUGUUACUAUGCAUAUGAGUGUUGCCACUGGUGAGGUUGAGUUGUAUAUCGUGCAAAUGGCAAAUGGUACUACUCUGAUGAACAGUUCAGACACAUCCUAUACUACGAUGUUUCAAGAGCCAGGCUACUAUAAUUUUACAGUGUCAGCCUACAAUCAUGUUCAAAAAACUACAGACCCUGUGUUUCUGUUCUUAUACCUUAUGGAGCCUGUUGAAGGUUUAAUUGCCAUUGAUAAUGUGAAUGCUACAUUAGAAGAGGAAGAAGAUAAAGAAUUUGAAGUUUAUCUUGAACGAAUUGGAACUGAUACAUGCUUACUUGUGGAUUUUGAUGAUGGCACAGUGCUUCGAGCAUUUGGCAAUGGUGAAACAUGUAAUGACACAGCAGAAGAAGUUGUCUGGGAAGGUGAACUUGAAAAUCCUCUUAUAAUCAGACAUACAUAUAUUUCAAAAGGCUAUAUUGAUGCAUUUUUUAAAGCUUUCAAUGCCAUAUCUGAAGUGAAUACAACUGUGAGGUUUUUUAUUACGAAUCAAACGUGUAAAGCACCUGACCUGUCAAUAAGAAAUAGAAUUCCAAGUUAUUAUCUUGCUCCAGAGACUUAUAGGUCUCUACCUGUUGUGUUGUAUUCAUAUACAACAAUGAAGUGUAAUGAUUCAAGUGAAACUGUGAGAAGUUGGAGUGCUUUGAGAUUAAAUGAAACGAAUGGUCAGAUGAUAGAAGAAAUUGAUUUGACGAUGGUGGACUCGUACAGAAAAUCUAUGCUAUAUUUGAGACCAUUCUUUCUAAAAGGUGGACUUUAUAAAAUGAAAUUUACUGUAAACAUGACAGUUUUUAUUCAGAAUCCUCCACUGGUACUUGUGAGAUCAGUAGAAACAUAUGUGAAAAUUGUUCCUUCUCCUGUAAUUGUGAGACUUACAGAAGGAGCUCAAUCUAGGGUUACUAGAGGUUGGGGACAAAGUUUAAUACUUGAUCCAGGACAGAAUUCAAUAGAUCCAGAUGAUGAAAACAACAAGAACUUCACAAUCAAAUGGUUUUGCAGAAGGCUGCCAGGCGAAGUUAUCAAUCGAAAUUUAACUGAAGAUGUGCAAAAUAUUUCUGACCCUAUAUUUGACCGUAGUGUCUUGUAUAGAGAAAGGCCUACUGGAUUACCCACACCAAGCUCUGACGAAAGCAGUGAAGAGGAAGAAAGCAAAGAUGGAUUACUGGAAGAACCAGAUCUUGGAGGUUGCUUUGGAAAAGGACCUGGUAUGAUUAAUGUAACAGAAAGCUAUGUAAACUGGAAUACGACUGUCUUUCGAAGAUCAAAUGUUACUUAUGAAAUUAUCAUCAAAAUAGAGAUGUCUGAUCGAGAUCCAAGUUGGGGUGGCUUACAGAUUGUUCUUUUGGAGCAUAUUCCUCCAGUAAUCAGUGUUGAAUGCCAAACAGAGAAACUAUGCUAUCCUAAUGAUCCAAUUGGUCAGCGUAUUAAUCCUGUCAGAGUGGGCUUAAUUGGUUUAUGCAAAGAAGGUUGUGAUACAGAGCUUUUAUAUGAAUGGCAAGUUUUUGGUGUAGAUGCAGAAGGUAAUGAGACAUAUUUAGCAGAAGCUGGAGAAUUUCUUGUUGGUGCUACUGAAAAGAAGAUGGCUCUAAGUGAAGAUUUUUUCAAGGAAUAUUACCCAACUUAUGGUGAUUUCAUUGCCAAGCUAAUAGCAGAAAAUGAGUAUGGACUUCGUGGUGAAUCAGAUCUCUUUCUGCAUAUAAAUCAACCUCCUGAAGGUGGUAAUUGUACUAUUUUGCCAGAAACUGGUAGAGCAUUGAUUGACGUGUUUAGUGUUAGUUGCCUCGGGUGGGCAGAUCCUGAAGGAAAAGAUAUAGAACAUUUUGCAUUUUGGACCAUUCAAAAUGAUACUGGUGCUUUAAUAUAUCUUAGUGCUGGUCCUGAUGGGGAAGCUCAGCUUGUACUGCCUUAUGGAUUGUUUGAGUUAGGAGUUGAUAUCAAAGAUAAAGAAGGGGCUUUAGCAAGAAUAAAUAUCACUACAAUGAUGUUGGAGCCUCCUUUCAAGCAAGAUUAUGAUAAUUUUAUAAACAACAGACAGCUUGAACAAGUAGAAGCUUCAGGUGACCAAGCUCGGAUGAAUCAAGUAUCGCAGGCUUUAUCAUCUCUUAUGAAUGUUCGACUCCCACUGGAUGAGAAUAGUACUUAUGAAGAAGCAACAACAACUGAUCCUGGUUUGUUGGACAAAGAGGCUGAGCAGAAAGCCCAAACACGUUUGAAAAUGGUUCGAUCUGUUGGUAGUGUUAUGAACACUGAUACUCUAGGUCAUCUAGAACAAAUUGGUAGUGCUCUUACAGCAAUUGCUGGUGAAGGAAAUGGAAUUGAUAAUGAAGGAAUGGAAGAAAUUAUUCGUCUUCUGAAUAAAACAGUGGCAUUAGCCUAUAAUAUGCAAGUAGAAGCACCACAGCAACUUUUAGACUUUUGUAUGUAUGCUGUUGGAACUAUGGGUGGUAUAGUUGCUAGAAUGACAGAACAAUUGAUAUCUGGAGUUGUACUACCUACUGAUAGAACCAAAGCUUUAGACUUUGAAUAUGAUGUUGAAAUUCCUUUAUAUGGGGAAGAAGAAAAAGAUAGCUUCUUUGAUGGCACCAUUCCAUUGGAAGAUGCCUUGACAAAAGCUGUGAUCAAACAUGAAAGAGAACAAGCUGAGGGUCAUAUAAGAACGAUUGUAGAUCUUACUAUUCGACUUGUUUUAGCUAUGUUAAAAAAUAUCAUUGUUGGUGAGAAACCUAUGGAAUUUAUAGCUCCAAGUGGACUUGGGCUUACAAUAUCAAUGUUUAAAGGUGGUACCCUAAGUAAUCGUGCUAUACAGCAUGGAGAUGCGGUUUAUGUAUUUCCUGAAGUAUGUGAUAUAUUGUCAGAAGUUGGAUGCUGGGGUAAUGAGACACUUGGUGUAAUGGCUGUUUCAUGGCCAGCCAUUUUGGACUCAUAUGGUGACAGUGUAGAUCUGUUAUCCAACGAUACAAAAACUUUACAACUUUUGAUGUUAGAUGAAUAUUUAGACCUCAUGAAGAUUCAAAAUAGCACUGGUUGGUUUACUAUCAAGGUUCCAAGAGGUAGCAAGAAAGAAGGAGCAGAACCGGCAUUACCAGAGCCAAAUUUUGUUCAUGCAGUCAUCAAAUGGAAUGAGCAAAUGGUUUAUCACCAAUUCAUUGUUGAAAAAGCUGAUUCUGCCGUUAAUAUUGAAAUAACACCUACUGACCCAGAUGUUGAAUUACUUGUGUUUGUCAAACACAGAGUAAAGCCCUUGCUAAAUUCUUAUGAUAUAAUGAUAAAUCUGGCAAAUGUCAGAGAAGUAAAUGGUACUUAUGAUCUGUUCCUUAACAAUGAAGUGAUCCAAAACCGAACUGGCUUCUUUUAUUUGGGUAUUAUUGAAGCAAAUAACACUGCCCUGAACAAUUCUAUUCCUGAUGAUAUGCUGUUUGAUAGCAGUGUCAAUUUCACACAUGGUGAAGCAGUUAGAGACUUUUCCACCAAUUACUCUGUUAGAAUAUAUACAUCUGGAUGCUAUUUCUAUAAUUAUGACCUUAGGAUAUGGUCUGGUGCAGGAUGUUAUGUAGAAAAUGCUACAGCUGCUCUGACCCAGUGCAAGUGCAACCAUUUGACUUCAUUUGGAGGUGGAUUCUUUGUUGCACCAAACACAGUUGAUUUCAGCUAUGUCUUUGCAAAUGCAGGAUUUGCAGAUAAUGUUACUAUAUACAUGACAAUAAUUAAUAUCAUGUUAAUUUAUUUGGCUUUAUUAGCCUGGGCUCGUCGACAAGAUAUUAAAGAUAAAGAAAAGCUAGGAGCAACUCCAUUACCUGAUAAUGACCCAGAAGAUAAAUACCUGUAUGAAAUGAUAGUAGUUACUGGAAAUAAAGAUGCAGCUGCAACUGAUUCUAAGGUCCAAUUUAUUCUAUCUGGUGAUGAUGAUGAAACAGCUGUUCGAACUUUGGAAGACAACAAAAGAAAAUUAUUUAGGCGAAAUGCUGCAGAUACUUUUGUAAUGGCAGUUCCCAGGCCUCUUGGAAGAUUAAAUUACUUGCGAAUUUGGCAUGAUAAUUUUGGCAAAGGCAAAUUCAAAUCUUGGCUGUUAAACUUUGUAGUCAUUCGAGAUGUGCAGACUGGUGCUCGCUAUGAAUUUGUUUGCAACAGAUGGUUAGCUGUUGAAAAAGAAGAUGGACUGAUUGACAGACUGUUACCUGUAGCUGGAAAAGGAGAAGCUACUGAAUUCAGUCACCUAUUUCAUCAGAAAACGCAGAAAAACUUGUCAGAUGGUCACCUGUGGUUCUCUAUUUUCAUGAGACCACCAAAGAGUCGUUUCACAAGGGCUCAACGAGUGACUUGCUGUUUUGCUAUGUUGUUUUUAUCAAUGUUAGUCAAUGCUAUGUGGUACGGAAGAGUGCCUUCCAAACCUUCUGGAUCUGCAUUUAGUCUAGGACCACUCUCACUUAGUCCUGAACAGAUUGGUGUUGGAGUGAUGGCUAAUUUUAUUGUGUUUCCUCCUACUUUUCUGAUGAUCACUUUAUUCAGAAAAUCCCGCCUUCGCAAGCUCAGACCAUCACAUAUUACUGAAGCUAUAAAAAAGCAGCAGGCAUCAAAGAAAAAGCUUUCUACAUUUUCUCGGCCUAGUUCAGCUCAUUCAGGAACAACACUUAUACUUGAUGACAUUUCUCAAGAUGAUGAAUCCCGUAGAGAAAAUCGACGUACAAAUCAGAAAAAAAAGAAGAAGUUCCUUUUCCCAUGGUGGUGUCGUAUCAUUGCUUGGAUAUUGGCCAUUGCGAGUAUUGUAGUGUCUUGCUUCUUCCUUUGGGCUUAUGGUGUCCAGUUUGGAGAUGAGAAAACAAAGAAAUGGAUUACAUCACUCUUGAUUUCAUUUUUCAGUUCAAUAUUAAUAACCCAGCCUAUAAAGGUGUUCCUGUUAGCCAUGUUUUUCUCUGCCAUUUUCAAAACUGUUGAUACAGAUGAUGAGGAUGAAGAAGAUGAAGAGCCACCUGAACUUGCUUCAGAUGAAGAGUGGCUACAUAAAGGUUUAUAAUUAUUUUUUAAAUUA